ACUGUGUAUGUAAAUCAGAAAACGGUAGUUUGGAACUUUUAGCAAUACGAAUCGUGAGGCUGUUGUAAGAACCAGUGGUGUAAAGGUUGAAGUUAGCCUGUGGUUAGAACUUGGCGCUUCUAGCUGGUGCUCUGACGUGGGCGGACCGUGGAAAUGUUGUUCUUCAUUUUGACACUGAGUGCCAGUCUCGCGGCCCUGUCACAUCAGGCCGAAGUCUGCUACGAUCACGUGGGGUGCUUCAACAACUUGGCGCCCUAUGUGAGCGUGCUGCCAAAUUCACCCACAGAGAUCGCCGCCCGCUUCCUCCUGUACACCAGGAACAACAGACAGACCCCGGACUCUUUGAUCUACACCAACGCUGCUUCCGUCACCGGCUCCCACUUCUCUACCAGCCGGGAAACAAAGUUUAUCGUCCACGGCUUCGCCUCUUCAAGUGAGAAUCAAUGGGUCAUUGACCUAAGGAACAAGCUGCUAAAUAAGGGAGAUUUCAACGUGAUCGUCGUGGACUGGGGCAAAGGUGCAACAUAUCCUUUCUAUGACCGCGCAUCCUCCAACCUCAGGGUCGUUGCCACGGAGAUCAAGCUUCUGCUGGACAUCAUGCAUUCUAAAGGCCUUAACCUGGAUAAGGUCCACCUGAUUGGUCACUCACUGGGGGCCCAACUGUCUGGAUACGUCGGGAACCUGUUUGGUCACAACGUCAUUGGCAGGAUUAGCGGUCUAGACCCAGCAGAACCCAACUUUAUAAACAAGGCAGUGGCGGCCAGACUAGACGCAGACGACGCCAAGUUCGUUGACGUCAUCCAUACAGACGGACGUAAUUUUGAUUUUGUUGGAGGCUACGGCCUGAUGAUUCCUUGUGGAGAUGUAGAUUUCUACCUGAACGGUGGUGAGCACCAACCAGGAUGCUCGGGAUCAAAUGUGUCUAUGUGGUGCAGUCACGAACGAGCAUACGAGUACUUCAUGGAAUCCGUCGACUCGACGUGUGAGUUCAAAGCCCAUCCUUGUGAUUCUUUUGCAAAGUUUGAAAAUGGCGAAUGUUUCUCCUGUGGGUCUGGGUGUGGUGUGGCCGGGUUCGCCGCCGACCAGCACCCCGCCAGAGGAAGUCUAUAUGUGGACACUCACCAUGUAGCCCCAUUCUGUGGAUUCCACUACCACGUCAAAAUUUUCCCAUACGCCUCCUCGGCUGACACAUCCGGAUUAGUUUAUGUGUCUCUGAUUGGCACAUCCGGGAAGACAGAUUUUAUCCCGACUAAUGCCAAGUACCUGAAGCUGACUAAAACCACAACCAUCACCACCAACGUUGUCUACAAGAACGACAUCGGCACUAUCACAGGUGUGGACAUCAGGUACGACAGAGACAACGGCUCCCUCGGCACCAUGCUCCUUUCUACGACAACACCAACCUUGACCAUAGCAGGAAUUGAAAUCAUGUCCUCCGUUCACAACACCUGGUCAUCUUCCUGUCGGGGUUCGUUCCAGCUCCGCGACCGAGCACCUCUCCAUAUAUCAACAGCUGCAGGCAGAAACAACCAGCCAUGUACAGCUGUAGGCUAAGAGAUGUAGGCCCUACCCGGUGUACCAACUUUUAAUUAAAGAUCAUGAAUUUUUA